AACCCAUAAAGGUUGUUUAAAACUAGAAAACAUUUCUCUUGUGGAGUCUGUGGACAGAUCAAGCAGCACAUUUUACAGAACUGCAUAGUAGAGCUGAUGCGGUUCUGUGGGAAGCCUGCUGGAGAGGAGUGAUGGAGAACCAAGGCGAAGGCGAUCUGCAGACAAGGCAAGUCCUGCUUCUCUUUGUUUUGCUGGGAAUUUCUCCAGCCCACUCGGAGCCUGGGAGCUUUUCCAUUAUGGAGGAAACGCUGAGUGGGGCCAUGGUAGGCAAUCUGGCAAAGAAACUGGGUCUGGAGGUAGGUGAGCUGUCUUCACGGGAGGCUCAAAUCGUCUCUAAUAAUAACAAACAGCCUUUGCAACUGAAUAUACAUACUGGGGAUUUGCUCUUAAGUGAACCGCUAGACCGGGAAGAGCUCUGUGGCUCCACUGAGCCCUGUGUGCUGCAUUUCCAGGUGUUAAUGAAAAACCCCUUGCAGUUUUUGCAAAUUGAGCUUCAUAUUAUGGAUACAAAUGACCACUCACCUAUCUUCUGGGAAAAAGAAAUGGUCCUAGAAAUUCCAGAGAACAGUCUUGUUGGCGCUGUGUUCUUACUAGAAAGUGCAGUGGAUUUAGAUGUAGGAAUCAAUGCUGUAAAAAGCUACACAAUAAGCCAGAACUCUCAUUUCCACAUUAAAAUGAGAGUUAAUCCAGAUGGCAAGCAGUACCCAGAGUUAGUUAUGGACAAGGCACUGGAUUAUGAGGAGCAGCCUGAGCUCAGUUUUAUCCUCACUGCUUUGGAUGGUGGCUCCCCACCCAGGUCUGGGACUGCCUUGGUUCGUGUGGUGGUUGUAGAUACUAAUGAUAACUCCCCUGAAUUUGAGCUUAUGUUCUAUGAAGUGAAGAUUCCUGAGAACAGCAUCCUGGGUUCGCUGAUUAUCACUUUAUCUGCAUGUGAUUUAGACUCUGGAAUCAAUGGUGAAAUAUCCUACAGCUUUUCCCACGCAUCUGAAGACAUUCAAAAAACAUUUGACAUCAAUAAAAUAUCUGGAGAAAUCAGUUUAAAAGGACAUUUGGACUUUGAAACAAUUGAAUCUUACUCAAUAAUUAUUAAAGCCACCGAUGGGGGAGGACUUUUUGGGAAAUCUACUGUAAGAAUUCAGGUGAUGGAUAUAAAUGACAAUUCUCCUGAAAUUAUUGUGUCAUCAAUUAUCAAUCCAAUCCCAGAAAACUCCCUUGAGACUGUAGUUAUGAUUUUUAGUAUCCGAGACAGAGACUCUGGGGACAAUGGCAGGAUGAUCUGUUCUGUUCUGGAAGACCUCCCAUUUAUGCUAAAAUCCUCAGUUCAGAAUUAUUACACCUUAGAAACACAGCACCCACUGGACAGAGAGAGCACAUCUAAGUACAAUAUCACCAUCACAGUCACCGACCUGGGCACACCCAGGCUGAAAACCCAACACAACAUCACUGUGGAGGUCUCCGACGUCAACGACAACGCCCCCGCCUUCAGCCAAGCCUCCUACACCAUGUACAUCCCCGAGAACAACAGCCCCGCCCUGCACAUAGGCACAGUCAGAGCCACAGACUCAGACUCAGGCGCCAACGCCCAGCUCACCUACUCGCUGCUGCCGCCCCACGACCCGCACCUGGCCCUCGCCUCGCUGGUGUCCAUCAACGCCGACAACGGGCAGCUGUUCGCCCUCAGGGCGCUGGACUACGAGGCCCUGCAGGCCUUCGAGUUCCGCGUGGGCGCCGCAGACCGAGGCUCGCCCGCGCUCAGCAGCCAGGCGCUGGUGCGCGUGCUGGUGCUGGACGCCAACGACAACGCGCCCUUCGUGCUCUACCCGCUGCAGAACGCCUCUGCGCCCUGCACCGAGCUGCUGCCCAGGGCGGCCGAGCCGGGCUACCUGCUCACCAAGGUGGUGGCGGUCGACCGCGACUCGGGCCAGAACGCCUGGCUGUCGUUCCAGCUGCUCAAGGCCACCGAGCCAGGCCUGUUCGGAGUCUGGCCGCACAAUGGCGAGGUGCGCACCGCCAGGCUGCUGAGCGAGCGCGACGCGCCCAGGCACAGGCUGCUGCUGCUGGUCAAGGACAAUGGCGAGCCGCCGCAGUCGGCCAGCGUCACGCUGCACGUGCUGCUGGUGGAUGGCUUCUCGCAGCCCUACCUGCCGCCGCCCGAAGUGGCGCGCCAGCCCGCGCAGCCCGACGCGCUCACGCUCUACCUGGUCAUCGCCUUGGCCUCGGUGUCUUCGCUCUUCCUCUUCUCGCUGCUGCUCUUCGUGGCCCUCAGGCUGUGCAGGAGGACCAGGCCGGCCUCUCUGCCUGGCGGCUCUGUGCCUGAGGGCCGCUUUCCUGGACAUCUGCUGGACGUCAGGGGGGCGGGGACCCUGUCCCACAGCUACCAAUAUGAGGUGUGUCUGGCUGGAGACUCUGGGGCUGGGGAGUUCAAAUUCCUGAAGCCAGUUUUCCCCAAUCCCCAACCACAGUGUCCUGAGAAAGAAAUAGAGGAAACCGGCACUUUCCACAAUAGUUUGGGGUUAUUUAGUGACCAUAAUUGAUAUUUCAUUUCGCAUGUAUUUCUUUUUGUGGCUGUUCCAAGCCAAUGUCUAUUUCCCUGAAGUUGUAUGCUCUUCUAGUCAUACUAGUGCUUACAUUUUAUGACAACCUUCCCACCUUUUGUUCAGUGCUUAACUUUAGUUGUAGUUGUAGCAGGAUGGCUCUUAUUCUCAUAAUUUACCUCUUUAAAUAAUACAAAGUGGGGCUGGAGAGAUGGCUCAGUGGUUAAGAGCACUGGCUGCUCUUGCAUAAAACUUGGAUUCAUUUCCCAGAACCCACAUGGCUGCCAAUGAGUGCCUGUAACUCCAGUUCCAAGGGAUCCAAUACCCUUUUCUGGCUUCUGUGGACUGUAAUCAUGUAGGCAAAACACACAAUGUGGUCAGGCCAUGUCUUCCUUUCACACUCUCUGUGGUUUUUCUUGUGGCUGAUUAUUACGGAUGCUGUUCCCAAACAUGUUAAUUUUCGAAUCUACUCUAUUUUUAGUUAAUAUAUUUAAAUGUUUAUUAAUAUUGGGAAUAUGAUAUGUUGUAAAAUAGAUACUGUGAUUCAACCAUUAAAUGUAAAAUCCUGUUGCAAAGGAGCCCAAAGAGGGUCUUGGAUGGGUCAGUGGUAAACCCGAGUAGAUCACAGCACAGAAAAAUCAAUUGCCGGGCAGAUGACAAGUUUCUUAACACUUCCUUAUUCAUCUUCAAAGGUGACUUUUUUGUUUUGUUUCAGGAGGGGUAGGGACAGAGUCUCCCUGUAGCCCCAGCUGGCCUGGAACUCACUAUGUAGACCAGGAUGGCCUUGAACUCACAGAGAUCCGCCUGCCUCUGCCUCCCAAGUGCUGGGAUUAAAGGCAUCGUGUACCACCAAAAGCAUGUUAAUACUGUGGCUGCUUACAUAAUCUUAGAAUAUGAAGCUGUAGUUCCUCAAAUGCCUUGUACACAGGCACCCAAGUAAUAAUUUGAGCAGGACAAAACAAUAUGUGUGCUAAUAUGUACAAUUUUUUGCAUGUGUUCUUCCAGAAACUAAUCAAAUAUACUGAGUACUAGUUCCUAAGUAAAAUUAUGUUGUGUAUAUUAUGCAACAUUCAAGCAUAAUAGAAAGAAAUGGUUUAUUCCUAAUGCUCAGUCUUUUUAUAUGCAGCUUGAAAUUUCCUCUUAGUUCAUUGUUUCAACUUCUAGGUAUGGUCACAAGCCACUAAACUGAUCUCAUAGUUUACUACUGGGUAACAUUCAAAAGUUUCAUAACCAGCCAUAUAUGUGUAGCAGUGAGAAGUUUCAAAGAUCAGAGUUUAGCUCCUAGUCUUAACAAAGAAAUUCAAACCUUUGUUGGGACGUUUUACUUUGUGUUGAUAGGGACCCACCUAUAAUGGUUCUUGUCUUGGGGAAUGGAAAGGAAGUUUCCUUUGAAUGCCCUAAAAAGUCUGAAGUCUCUAUGUUGUAGACAGAACAUGUAGAUGACAAAAUGAGUAGUCAUAGAAAAGAGAAGUAAUCAUAGAGAGAAAAGGGGUGUAACAGAGAGAAAGUAAGCAUAGGAAAAUGGGGUAAGUGAUGAUUGCUUCCAGGCCGCAGGCCAGAGUUAAUACCAGAAGCUUUCUCUUGAAGAUAUUUUAAUUUUAACACUGUAGAGGAGCUAAAUAAUGCCAGGAAGUAAAAUCUCCCCCUACCUCCAACAUGUCCAAGUCAACUCAAUGUUUACACAUUUUGAAAGCUAGUAUUUCAUUAAAAGUCCAUUUAAUUGUGGAGAUCUUUGGGAUCUCCACUUGGUAUCUGCAUAAAGGAAAAAUGAGAAGCUAAGCCAACUGUGUUGUAGUCAAGCUAGUUAAAUUCUAAUUUCCUACUUAAGUAGAACUUGGAGCACGUUCUUUAGGAGCACAUUCUUUAAAUUAAAGCUCCUUUAUAUAGAGAACAAAAUUCAUAUGGUAACAAAUCAAAGUCAAGUAUUAAGAUUACCCCAUCUUCCUGAACUUAGUUGGGGAAGACCACUUAGAGCAUUAUAACAUGCCAAACAAGAUACAC